GGGGUCACCUCUCAAAAUGCUGUAUCGGCCAAAAGUUUGGGGUCACUAUCGUAAAACAUGGAAAAGUGAUUUGUUGAUAUCUUUGUCAUCUUGUAACAAAAUUAAGAACCCCUGUACAUAGCAGCUUUCUACACGAAAGCUUAUUGCUAAUUUACAAGCGCGAAGUGCCAUCUCUCUAUGAAACGGAGAACUGUAAAAGCUUCGAUAUCGAGGGUGUGUUGUGAGUACCGUUGCGAUCUCAUCACGUGCACAACAGAUCACUAAAAAUAUUUAAAAAAGAUAGGCUGGAACUCAAAAACAAACCAGUGGAAAACGGACUAGAAAAUAAAUUUCAAUAAGCCCAACCCACAUAUAUGAUCGACUGAGACAGCCUCAACUUUAGGUAGAUUUUGUAUGAAAAGAUGGGAAUUUCAAUAGCGUCCGGUGUUCAAGGACACUGUUUGAAGGCAGAACAUUGUAGGCAUGGGUUUUCAGUAUUUAAUCGAGUGGAGAUCGUGGACAAGUUCACAUCGUGAUACUAGGUCUUCUUAAAUCGAAGCUACACCAAGUGCUACUAAGUUGUAUAGUGAGACAGAUAGUCAGUGAGUUGGACAACUAAGAACAAUUGAAAAGUGAAGUUAAGGCUUAAUAGUAGGACGGGUUAUUAGCUGUCUUAGAAAGCUAGGACGUGCUGGCUAAAACCUGCUUAUUUGGCCCAAAUACUCGAAACAGAGAUUAGCAGUCCUUGAAAGGCAGGACGCGUGCGCUACAACCGUAGUUUCCGGUAAGAUUUGCUUUCUUGCUAAUAUGUGGUCAAAUCAGUGAAUUUCUUCGUUAAAUUGCACGUUGAACAGGUAGAACAUCCCACCGUUCAACGUGGGUGCACGUCUGGGGCCGGAAAGUUCUUCGGAUCCGGUGUGAAAUCCGACUAGACGAUUCAGCGGGACUACCCUAUUCGCUUUUCCGCCCGGUAAGCCACCCCUCACCCACCUUGGGAAAUCUUGAGUGGAAGCGUUUGGGAGCAUAGCGCGCGCCCGAAUCAUAAGCGACUACCACGCCUCUGGUGGUCAACAUAGGAAACGGAGUUAUCCCACAGCAUUCCGCAGCUCGUUUCGUCGUGCAGGUUGCAUACCUGCCAGCGCCACGUGUUCCACAGCUCCACUCGCCAGUUGUGACUGCCCGCAUCGUCAACCAGGGGUUCACACUGCUUUUGCCAUCGCGGCACAGAUACGGCGACGGCCGUCUAGAAAUCGUCGCCCGUACGUGAGGACACGUGCCACGCUCGUUCAGUCGGAUGUAUGGUGCCCGCUGAUCGAUGCCCGACUGCAGAUCGAGAUCCACCACCAUCUGCCAGCUUUGCCGCCACGCUAUCAUCGUUAUUGGCCGCGGCGUUCUCGAUCACAACGCCAUCUGCAACGUUCUCACCACCUCUUCAUGCUGCUCAGCAUCAACGUGCUACACCACCCCGGUUGCUGCUUCCGGUUCUCUACGCCAAAAAGGAUACCAGGUCAGAUCUAAACUGUUUUUUUUUUUCUAAACCCAAUGAGCUCGAAGAACUCGAUGUAGAAAGUGACGUCACAUAGGGAAAUCGAUAUGCUAGAAUAUAGAAUAAUGUUAAAAAGUACGUUUUAAAGGUUUAGUUGAACGAGAUGGACUUUUAACGCCUUCACUCUGGGUGUUUGGGAUCUUUUUGCUGAUUUUUUGCUACGAUAUUGAGUUUUCUAUUUUUUCAUCCAUAUUAGUUUCAAUAGUUUCACAAAUAUUUUUGUUGGUCUGUUGGUUACGCUGAGGUGGACGACUGUUUGAGCCCUAUUGACCCGCCCAAACGAGUGUCUCAAGCCGGGCCUCCAUAAAAAAGCAACUGCAGUCUCUCCAAAGGAGAGUGGCGCUAAAACUGCAGCUGUUACGUGCAAAAAGCUUUCGUUACAUUUGGCGCCCAACGUGGGGCCCGAAAAUAGAGUUCAAUUUUUAGUUUAUUACAGCUUAAUUUAGUUUGACAAUACAGUUCCUUGGUUUUGAAUCAUUUUCGCCUAAUACAAAAACAUUGUUUUCGCCAUAGACUAAUUCAAAAAUAAUCUCGGUGGAAUAACAUCCAGCAAUCAAGAUUCUCUGCAUUUUUAUUAGUUCUCAAGGAUAUUAGUAGGAUAAGAUUAGUUUUGAGUUUAACAGGAUUAGUUUAAAUUUAGGUUUGGGUUGAGUUAUUAUUUUUUUCUUUUGUUUCUUUCAUUUUUUUUACCUUUUUACUAUACAUAAGAUGGAAUACUAUAGGAUUAACGCAAAUGAGCUUGAAGAGGAUGAAUUGAAUUAUGAGUUGUCGCUUCGGGGUCACCCGACGGAUGGGCAGCUCAAUACCCGUCAACGAACUUUACGAAAUUUGCUCAGGGAAAAUGAACAAUAUUUUGUAAAUGUGAUGCAAGUAUGUUCUCAAACGAUAUCCAAUGAUUUUGCUCUAAUCCCUCACCGGCUUCGUGAGAUCGAACAAAAGCUUCGGAACGGACCCGCUCCUGAAUGUUUAUCCCGUUUGGUACACUACCAUAAACGAGUUAGACGCUAUGUGUCUGUUUCCGUAAUGGAGCACGAGAAUAAAAUCGAGUUACUGGAAUUGAUCAGUAAUUUGGCCAAUCGCUACUAUCGCGUCGAUUUGAAUUUCUUAGCCGGAUAUGUGCCGGUGAAUCGUUUAACCGGAACGUCCAAUAGUGCCUACCAAUCUUGGACGGAUGCCGCUGUUGGUAAUCAGUCAACCCAUACUCAGGGCCAUCUCGCUAACGAAACACAAAUUAACGAAACCACAGUACCCGAGGAGGGUUCUCAACCGGUUGACAUGAAUAACUUAGUAAACCCUUUUGCGAGAUCGGAGCCGGUAGUUUCGGUAAUUCCUGACAAGAACCCUGAUCUGAUUGAUUUUGACCCUCGUGUAGAGUUGGCAAUGCCGACCAACCCAGGCGCUGUCGCCUCAGGGCCUGUUGUACGAUCCCCCGAAAUUUUUGAUCAACCGCGUUCAAGCGCCGUUGAUCCAGAAAGUCGCAUCUGGAGACCAUCUGCCCCACCAAAGCCCAAUUCAGGUUUAUGGAAUGAUGCUAAUGCAGCUCAACCUAGCUUUGCUGAUAACCCAGCGAAUGACGUUCAGACAGCUAGAUCGGCUCCCGAUCAGCAAGUCAAUUCGAGUAACUAUGUUCACAUCAGUCAAAUUGAAAAUUAUGUCCAAACGUGUGUGAGUCGAGUGCUUUCUCAACUACAACAACCACAGGGAAGGAUGCUAGGGCAAAACGAUGCCGUAAUGGGUAACUUGGCCCAACAGUUGACCAACGUUAAUCUACAAAAUCACAGUACAGCCUAUGGUUCGGCUGAACGUUCUGCACUCAUUUUGAAUCAACCUGCACCUCCUUUGCAGUUGAAUUCAAAUGGAAUGUCUUGUCCACCUGCCUACCGGGUAAGAGGUGACAGAAUUAUUGAAAGAUCUGUUGGUCCGGAUGCUAGGGUUUCAACUCCACGGUUGCAACCUGAAGUGCCUUUGGAUUCUCAAUUCAGUCCUGUCGUUGCUUCAAAUUACCCGCCUAGACAGGAGAGACCGGCUGGGAUAAAUCCUAUGAAUAUGAACUGUGCUCAACCUCACGUGUCAGGAUCUGGAGGCGUCUUUAGAACGCCCAGACACGACGCAGGUCCACAAUCCAGUUUUGGAUCUGGACUGCCGAUCAGGCGAUUGCCUCAUCAGCAAUGUAAUAUUAUUGAAAAAUGGCCCAAGUUCACAGGGGAGUCAAACUCGGUGCCUGUCAUUGAUUUUUUGAAGCAAAUUGAAAUGUUGUGUCGAUCCUACGGAAUCGAGAAAGAAGAUUUACGCAUACAUGCUCAUUUGCUGUUUCGCGAUGAUGCCUAUGUAUGGUACACUACUUAUGAGGAACGGUUCAAUACAUGGGACACGUUGGUUUUCUACCUGAAAAUGCGGUAUGAUAACCCCAAUCGAGAUCGGCUGUUGCGCGAGGAAAUGAGGAAUCGCAAACAGCGUCCAAAUGAAAGAUUCAGUGCUUUCCUUACGGAGAUGGAAACAUUGGCCAAAAGAAUGAUGAAGCCUAUGACCGAGAGCGAGAAAUACGACAUCAUCAUUGAGAAUAUGAAAGUGUCGUAUAAGCGACGUUUGGCCCUUGAACCCAUACAUUCUCUUGAACAUUUGGCACAAUUGUGCUAUAAGUUCGAUGCACUUGAGUCGACUUUAUACAGUCCCAAAGGUCCGGUUAGACCCGGGACGGUGAACCAACUAGGUGUCGAGGAAGAGGAAGUUGUAUUGUUGGAAGAAGAACCCGAAUUUGAAGAGGUGCUUGCGUUGAGAGCUAAGACAAACCGACCGGUUCCAGGCCAGAAAACUAACUUAAACCGUACAAUGGCCGAAAAGCCUCGUGAAGGACUUGAAAGUAUCCCGUCGUCUGUUUUGUGUUGGAAUUGCCGUCGCACUGGUCAUCUGUGGCGUGACUGCGACAAGCGAAAAACUAUUUUUUGCCACGUUUGUGGACAAGCAGACACUACCGCGUUCCGCUGUCCUAACCAACACAAUCUUCCAAUUAAGGAAGACAUUGAGUCAAAAAACGAAUAGAGGAAAGGAGUUCUGGGAACCAAACUCCUAACUCCAUGUCAGAUUCGGUUCCGAUUUUCGACUAUUUCAACAGAACCUUUCAUAUAAACACAUCCUUUAACCGGUGUCCUCACUUGAAAGUAAAGAUCAUACACGAAGAAGUGGAAGGACUAGCAGAUACAGGAGCUAGUAUUUCUGUGAUAAGCUCAGUACCCCUGAUUGAACGUUUAGGCCUAAAAAUCAACCCAAUCAAUCUGAAGGUAUCGACGGCAGACGGCACAGCGUACCAAUGCCUAGGGUAUGUUAACGUACCUUAUACUUUUCAAUCCACUACUUACGUGAUUCCUACGGUAGUAGUACCUGAAGUAUCGAAAGACCUAAUAUUAGGGAUGGAUUUCCUGGGAAAGUUCGGAUUCCAGUUAUUGAUUCCCGGUGGAAUCAACCCCAAAGUAGACUCACUUAAUGUGAAUUCGCCUGAAGUGAAUUCUAAUGAUUUUAGCCUAAACAUUAUCGAAGGUUACUUCGAGCUGACCGACAUGGAAGUUUGUCUUGAGAUAUCUCCAGCAUUAUCGAUUAAGGACUCACCAGUUCCUCAACCAGAAGUUGACGAGAGCUUGGAAAUGCCUACCAUUGAAAUACCCGAUCGAAUUAUUGAGCACCCAGAUGACAUAAUCACUGAACAUGAAUUGACUGAACUUCAACGGGUUGAGUUGUUUAAAGCCAUCACCCAUCUGCCUGCAACAAAGGAAGGUUUGCUUGGUCGUACCGAUCUGAUAGAGCAUUCCAUUGAGCUGUUGCCUGGUGCGAAACCACAAAAGUUUCCCUCAUACCGCUGGUCUCCCGUGGUCGAAAGGGUUAUAGACGCCGAGGUAGAAAGAAUGAUCCGACUUGGCGUCGUAGAAGAAUGCGCUGGCCCCGUUGACUUUCUCAAUCCAUUGCUUCCUAUCAAGAAGUCAAAUGGAAAGUGGCGAAUCUGUCUAGACUCGAGGAGGUUGAACCAAUGCACAAAAAGGGACGAUUUUCCGUUCCCGAACAUGGUGGGAAUAUUACAAAGAAUUCAGCAAUCUCGCUAUUUUUCGGUGAUUGACUUAUCCGAGUCAUAUUACCAAGUUGGGCUUGAUUUCUCGUCGAAAGAUAAGACUGCGUUUCGCACUAAUAAGGGACUCUUCAGAUUUACGGUAAUGCCCUUUGGGCUUACAAACGCUCCUGCGACGAUGGCUCGCUUGAUGGCCAAAGUUAUAGGCUAUGACCUCGAACCAUGGGUUUACGUUUAUCUCGACGAUAUUAUUAUCACGUCGAUAUCGUUCGAGCACCAUCUGCAGCUCAUUCAAGAGGUUGCUAAGAGACUACAACAGGCAGGGCUAACAAUCAACUUGUUAAAAUCAAAAUUUUGCCAGAGAAGGAUUCGGUACUUGGGUUAUGUCCUUUCGGAAGAGGGUUUGUCAGUCGACGCUAGUAAAAUCCAACCGGUUCUGGAUUACCCGAUUCCCAAAACUAUCAAAGAUAUCCGGCGGUUAUUGGGGCUCGCCGGGUUUUAUCAAAAAUUUAUUCGGAACUAUUCCGAGAUUACCACUCCUAUCACGAAUUUAUUAAAGAAAAAUCGGAAAGUAUUUACCUGGACCGAAGAAGCCAAUGAGGCGCUGAACAAACUUAAGUCAGCUUUGGUCACUGCUCCCGUCUUAGGGAAUCCAAACUUCAGCCUUCCUUUCAUUAUCGAAACAGACAGUUCUGAUUUAGCCAUCGGGGCUGUCUUGGUGCAAAUGCAAAAUGGAGUCCGUAAAUGCAUUGCGUACUUUUCGAAGAAACUGUCUAGUACCCAACGAAAGUACAGUGCAACAGAAAGGGAAUGUCUAGCUGUAUUACUCAGCAUUGAAAACUUCCGGCAUUUCGUGGAGGGUAGUCAAUUUAUUGUCCAGACAGAUGCGAUGAGCCUCACGUUUCUGAGGACAAUGUCCAUCGAGUCCAAAUCUCCCAGGAUUGCUCGGUGGGCGUUGAAACUCUCCAAAUAUGACCUGAUCCUCCAAUAUAAAAAGGGCUGCGACAAUAUCCCGGCCGAUGCGCUCUCCCGAAGCGUCCUUACGGUUGACUGUACCUUCUCAGAUGCAUUCACCGCCCAGUUGAAACGCCAAAUUGAGGAAAAUCCUGGGGCGUACAAGGACUUCCGUGUGUGUGAUGGAAAGGUGUUCAAAUACAUCACCAAUUCGUCCUUGUUUGAUGACGUCAAUUCGCGAUGGAAGUAUGUCGUUCCAGUUGCUGAAAGAAAAGAAAUUGUACGAUCAAUCCACCAAGAAGCACACCUGGGGUUUCUUAAAACAUUAGCGAAGGUAAGAGAAAAGUUUUAUUGGCCUCGCAUGUCUACAGAUGUCAAAAGAUUCUGUUAUUCCUGUGACAUAUGCAAGGAAUCCAAGACCCCAAACCAAAAUGUUACCCCCGAAUGCGGGAAGCCAAAGCUUUGUUCUCGUCCAUGGGAACUUAUAUCCAUGGAUUUCCUUGGACCAUAUCCAAGAUCCAAACACGGUAAUGUGUGGCUGCUUGUCGUUACAGAUUUCUUCACGAAGUUUGUAAUGGUGCAAUGCAUGAAAUCUGCGACUGCUCCAGGAGUGUGUGCAUUUACCGAAGGAAACAUAUUUACACUAUUCGGAGCUCCGUCCAUUUGCAUUACUGAUAAUGCUAAAGUGUUCCACUCUGACCAAUUCAAAAGGCUUCUGGACCGCUAUGGGGUGACACAUUGGAAUUUAUCGGUAUAUCAUCCCAGCCCGAACCCGACUGAACGGGUGAAUCGAGUGAUUGUGACGGCUAUCCGUUGUGCACUCAAUAAAGAAAGUGAUCAUAAACACUGGGAUGAAUCCGUGCAUCAAAUUGCUCGGGCUAUUCGAACCGCCGUACAUGACAGUACCGGGUAUACGCCCUAUUUUCUUAACUUUGGGCGAAACAUGGUGAGCUCGGGUAGGGAAUAUGAGCACCUCCGAAAUCUUGGGGAUCCUAAUCAAGAAAUGGGUUUCCCACUUCAGGAUGAUCAGAAAAAGCUCUUUGAACUCGUCAGGGAAAAUCUCUUGAAAGCCUACCAACGGUACGCCACACCGUACAAUCUCCGAGCGAAUAGAAAACAUACGUUCAGAGCUGGUGAAAUAGUAUUCAAGAAGAAUGUAAAUCUUUCUGACAAAAGCAAACAUUUCGUAGGAAAAUUUGGUCAAAAAUUCACUAAAGUUCGGGUACGAGAGGUCAUUGGAACCAAUACUUACGUAUUGGAAGACCUGAAUGGCACUCGCAUUUCGGGAACGUACCACGGGUCGUUCUUGAAACGUUCAUUAAACACAGCUAUGACGGCACAUCGGUCGUGUUGUGCAAAAACAACUAGGUUCGCCUAAAAACAAAAUACUCACUUUGAGGUGUUACGGCAGCCACGGCGUUCGAGAUGUCAUUUUUGUUUCCUCACGUCGUUGGUUUAUUUGGGUAGCUUCCUAAUCACCGCUAUGCAGCCCUGCGAGGGAACUAUAGGGCCUCGGCCAGAUGAAAAUCCCAAGUAAAUCAAAAAUCCUCGGGUGAAACUUUGCACCUGCAUGUCCUCCCAACUCGUCAGUGCGUUGGUAUUCCAUCAAUUUAGUCCUAGAAGUAAAUAGAACGAUAAAAAUGGGUACUCUCGUCAAUGUAAACAUUCAUUCGUUUCGUAGAAUAACAUCACUUCCCGUUCACUAUCAUUUACAAAACAUUAUUCAAUCAUUAGAUUCCACUGUAAUUUACUUACCUUUAUUGAAAUUUCCGCGAUUUGGUAGCUGCAAUAAUUAAAAUUUUCUAAUUUUCCGUCGAUUUUGUUUCUUCAUGGCUAGUUUUUCCACACAAGUUUUUUUUUUCUCUAGUUUGACAGUUCUUUAUAAUCACAAGCGAGGGAGCACCCGUUGCGGUUUUAAUUACGUAGCGUGAAGCGUUCGGAAACAAACGCUUGGAUAAAGUUCGCUACGUUAUAUGUUACGGAAAGAGGGCGUGAAAGAGAGUAUAAAUCAGUUAUGUUUGCGAAUGAAUAAGUAUUAAGUUCUUAAGAAAUUUGUUUUUCCAAUCGUUAUUGGAGUUAAUUGGUAUCGGAAUAUCGUUUUCCAGAUUUCUCUGGAGUUAAUAGGAAGCAUAUGAAGAUAUAUUUUCUCAGACAUUUCUGAGGUUUUUGGGGAUAGAUAUAUUGGUUAGUAACUGAAAGAUGCGAGAAAUUAGAAAUUGAAUUCAGGAAAGGAUUAAGAAGGAACAUGAUAAGGUAGCGAACUGUUUGCUGGAUUGUUUUUUUUUGUGAGUAAAGCUUAAAUUAGAUCGUAAAAAUUAAGUCGGUUUUACUGAAUGCUUAAGAUAAAAAAAAUGAUAAAUAAUUGAUUUUUUUUUUAUUUAAUUGUUAAUAAUAAAUAAACUGACCUUUUAUAAAAAUUUUGAAAUUUCAAAAUUUCAAAAUUUUUAUUUUUUCGGUAUCGGCGAGAAUGUAACAAAAUUAAGAACCCCUGUACAUAGCAGCUUUCUACACGAAAGCUUAUUGCUAAUUUACAAGCGCGAAGUGCCAUCUCUCUAUGAAACGGAGAACUGUAAAAGCUUCGAUAUCGAGGGUGUGUUGUGAGUACCGUUGCGAUCUCAUCACGUGCACAACAGAUCACUAAAAAUAUUUAAAAAAGAUAGG